GUCAUUUGAUAUGGAAAACUGACGAAUGUUAAUUAAAAUGGUCCAUUACAGCGUUGUUCUGUCCCGCUAGAAGCGCACAGACAGUGAGUGGAGGGCGUUUGGGGGAGGUAGCCAUGUCAUCUGGUUUUGAUGUGUGCCAGUGUGCGUCUCUGAUGAAAAGAGGCAAAGGCUCUGUAAAGAUCAGCUGUUGCUUUCAGAAGCAUUGAGAUCUACAGGCAACAAGGGUGUUGCACAUACACAACUGUGUAACUAUAACUUAGAAUGAACUAUACGUAUGACUGUGAACAGAUCAUGCAUGCUGUUUUGAAAAUGCCGUUGUUUUGGGUUCUAUAAGGAUUAUAUUCAUCUAAAAAGUGGUUAUGGACUCAGAGAAGCCGACUGGACAUCAGGGCUCUUUAGAGGAAGACGCUGGGCCCCAUGAUCUUCCCUCUUUCAGUCUUGUAUCACAGAAUCAAGGCUGUAAUGGAUGCAGUGUCCCAAGCCUUUUCAUCGACUCUGGAACAUACUCAGUGGAGCCCUGCCAUCUGCUUGAAAGCAUUGAAGAUUUCACAUCAGAAAACAGGACUCUGUGUGAUUGUGCUGAUACCAGUGGCCUUUCAGAGGAAGAACUCCUGAACAUAACGUUUGAAGCAUGUGACACUGCUGGCAAAGGAGAGGUUCAGGCCUCCACCAUUGUGCAGUAUCUUCAGUCCAUGACGCUCCAAAGCUCCGGCCAGGACAGGCUGACCAAUUUACAAAAUAUGUUAGAUCCAGAGAACCAGGACCCACGUGUUAAUAGGGAUACGUUUCAUGCCACCAUGAGAGAGUGGAUCACCCAGUGCUGCCAAGAUGGGUGA